AUGGAAAAGAACCGGUGCAAACCGCAGAAAAGUCGAGGCAAGAAAGAAGCGAACGGUCGCCAGAGAAGAGCUGGCAAGGAGAGAAAGAAAGAAGCGAACGGUCGCCAGAGAAGAGCUGGCAAGGAGAGAAAGAAAGAAGCGAACGGUCGCCAGAGAAGAGCUGGCAAGGAGAGAAAGAAAGAAGCGAACGGUCGCCAGAGAAGAGCUGGCAAGGAGAGAAAGAAAGAAGCGAACGGUCGCCAGAGAAGAGCUGGCAAGGAGAGAAAGAAAGAAGCGAACGGUCGCCAGAGAAGAGCUGGCAAGGAGAGAAAGAAAGAAGCGAACGGUCGCCAGAGAAGAGCUGGCAAGGAGAGAAAGAAAGAAGCGAACGGUCGCCAGAGAAGAGCUGGCAAGGAGAGAAAGAAAGAAGCGAACGGUCGCCAGAGAAGAGCUGGCAAGGAGAGAAAGAAAGAAGCGAACGGUCGCCAGAGAAGAGCUGGCAAGGAGAGAAAGAAAGAAGCGAACGGUCGCCAGAGAAGAGCUGGCAAGGAGAGAAAGAAAGAAGCGAACGGUCGCCAGAGAAGAGCUGGCAAGGAGAGAAAGAAAGAAGCGAACGGUCGCCAGAGAAGAGCUGGCAAGGAGAGAAAGAAAGAAGCGAACGGUCGCCAGAGAAGAGCUGGCAAGGAGAGAAAGAAAGAAGCGAACGGUCGCCAGAGAAGAGCUGGCAAGGAGAGAAAGAAAGAAGCGAACGGUCGCCAGAGAAGAGCUGGCAAGGAGAGAAAGAAAGAAGCGAACGGUCGCCAGAGAAGAGCUGGCAAGGAGAGAAAGAAAGAAGCGAACGGUCGCCAGAGAAGAGCUGGCAAGGAGAGAAAGAAAGAAGCGAACGGUCGCCAGAGAAGAGCUGGCAAGGAGAGAAAGAAAGAAGCGAACGGUCGCCAGAGAAGAGCUGGCAAGGAGAGAAAGAAAGAAGCGAACGGUCGCCAGAGAAGAGCUGGCAAGGAGAGAAAGAAAGAAGCGAACGGUCGCCAGAGAAGAGCUGGCAAGGAGAGAAAGAAAGAAGCGAACGGUCGCCAGAGAAGAGCUGGCAAGGAGAGAAAGAAAGAAGGACGAGUUGCGUAA